CUGUUUAAGAAAAAUGAGGAUAAAGUGUGAGAUGGACAUUAUUAAUCGUCUCCUGCCAUCCCUGAAUGUCAAGAAAGGAGGCAAGGGUUGUCACACACAGCUGUCUAUAGGAAGGAAACCACAGACUGACUCUAAAGAAGGCAUUCUCUUCCUGAUGGCCUGCACUGCCAAGGAUAGGAACGGUGCAAAAUAUCAAAUUAAAGACAACAUAGAGCAAAUAUUUGCCAAAUUUAUAAAUGAAGGGAAAGCAACUAUUCGCUUGAAAGACCCACAGCAAGAUUUGUGCUUGUGCAAGGCUGAUCCACUUCAGCUGAAAAAUUUCCUGACAUUGCUACGGAAGGCAUCCCUAGGUCAGGAUAUAGAAAGAAUCAGCCUGUCCACACUGGCACCUGCAAGUACCAAAAGUGUCGACAAACCGAAAACAAAAAUGUCAGUAACGUCCAAAAAAAACUAUCCUCUCACAAAAAGCUUCCCUUCACUGCUGGAGCAUCUUCACAUUUCUCAGUGUCGAAUGAAGAAAAUAGACUCCAGAAUAUUUCAACUAAAAAAGCUUAUUCAUUUAGACUUACAAGAAAAUGUCAUUGAAGAGUUACCCCCGACAUUUUCUCAACUCACGAGUUUACGAGAGCUCAUACUUUCCACAAACAAGAUACAGACACUUCCUUCCUCUCUCUGCCUACUGCCAAAUUGGAAGGAGACUCUCUCUUUAUUAGACCUCAGUAACAACCUUAUAAAUCUUCUGCCCAUUCAGCUCUGUGAACUGGAUAAUCUUGUGACACUAAAGGUAGACCACAACAAGCUGGAGACCUUUCCACCCACCAUUGGAAGACUCAAAAAACUGAAAUACCUUUCAGCCAGCCAUAACAAGAUAGAAACACUUCCGUGUAGUUUUAUGCAGUUACGUCUUGAACAUCUCGAUCUGUUUAGUAACCCAUUUGCUGAUGUUACAAAGAGUGAUCUUGAAGAGACAGAAUGGCAGGUGCCCUCUCUAGUGGAAUGUUGUGGGAGGAUGAUAAGAAAAAAUAGGUUGCCAUACAGUGAUGAAGACCUGCAUACUCAUUUGUGUCGCUACCUAGACUCGGCUCGAGUUUGCUGGUGUGGGGGGUUCUGUUUCGAGGGCUGUGUACGAGCAAUGACCUCAUUCUCAUUGAAGACACUUUCACCCACGGUUUCUGCGGUAGACCUUCAGGGAAGAACUGACGUCCCUGUCCUUUUGUUUUUAUGUUCACCUCAAUGUCAGCGUAAAUAUAAAAUUAAUCCUUAUGCUUAUUGGAGGUGAAAAAACUACUUGAAUUUUUGUAAUUGUAAAUAGCAGAUUUGCAAGCAAUUUGUUUUGGAGAUGUGAAUUCAGUUUUAUUUCAUGUGAAUUCAUUGAAAUUUAAGAGGGAAUAUGUAUUAUUAUUUAUUUUCUAUUUUCAUAGUAUACAGUGUAUUAUUUUGAGCUGAUACCCCUGUAAUAAUUUUAACAUGUUUAAAUUGCAAAAU